AUGGCCAAUGCCAUGUCCCUCCAAACGCCCUCAUCCCACCAGCCCAACAACGUCUACACCGCCGGGCUCCCCGCCCCUCCCCGCAUUCUGAUACCCCCACCCACGCUCAACCCCGAAGCCCGCCAAUUCGAUGGCUCCGACCCCCAACCCACGCUCGAACACAUGGUAGUCUCCCCGAGCAGCAGCAUCCUCCCCACCUCCCUCCAGGACUGGAAAUACGAGUCCCGCCGGGAAGCCCAGCAGAUCCUCACCCACCUCUGGCUCGGCCCCCUCAGCGCCGCAAAGUCCAUCGACUUCAUCAAGCGCGAGAACAUCACGCUGCUGCUCGCCGUCCGCAGCGCCAUGACCGCAAAGGCAAACCUCCUCGCAACCCAGCUCCCCGGCGUCCGCUUCGAGAGCAUCGACGUCUCGGGGAACCAGCAGCUCAUUGCGCAGUUCCAGCGCGCGACGGACCUCAUCGACGAGCACUACCUCUCGGGCCUGGGCGCGGAGCGCCCAAACGAGAUCAAUGUGCCGAUUGACGGCCGCGUGCUGUACACGUACCAGCGGGCGUACUUCCAGGCGCACCGGGCGCUACCGCCGGGCGGGAAGACGCUGCUGUUCUGCGAGAGCGGGAAUGAGAGGAGUGCCGCGGUGGCCGCGGCCUAUAUCAUGCAGCACCUGGGCGGCUCGGCGGUGCAGGCGAUUCAGCAUGUGCAGUCGAGGCGCUUCUGUGUGUGCUUUGACGACGGGAUGAAGUGGCUGCUGCAGAGCUAUGAGCCGAUAUGGAUGGCGAGGAGACAGGCCUUUCUGGGUAACAGGGGAUCAGGAGGCGGUCAGCCGGGCAGUAAAGGUGUUCGCCCCUAUCGGGGCGAGAAGAAGCGAACCCUUGAGGAGUACGAUGAUGAGGGCGAUAGUCCUGUUCAGAUUGGGAGCAGGGUGAGUGCGCCCUUUGCGGACCAUGGUGUCGAGACGGAUAUGGAGAUGUCAUGA